UGGGGAAAAAGGAAACUGUAGUUAUUAAAAUACAUACUGACAACAAAGAGAAAAAAAAGGGGAUUUUGAGGCUGUUUGAUUUUUAAUUAAACAAUCCAAAAUAAAAAGGUUUUAAUUUUAGUUGCAAUUAUUUAUUGCGUGACUUUGAUUUUUAUCGGAUUUUGAUUUUGGGUUUUUUUUUUUAUUCCUUUUUUUUUAUCAAAGGGGUGUGUGUGUGAGGGGGAAUUUUUAUUAGGUGAAAGCAUAGAUGUGUCCUUUCGGGGUUUUUUAUUAGAGUUUUCUUUAUUAUUAGAGUGAGUCUUCAUAAACUUAGGGUUCCUUUUUUUCUUCUUUACUUUUUCGAUUGUUGUUUGCUUCCUUCUGUUUAUAAGGAAUUUUGCUCAUUUGGGUCUUCGAUUCUCUUACUAAUCUCAUUUGGGUGGGUGAGUUUUCUUCAAUUUUUGAACUCUCUCAACUUUGGGUGUUUUAGGGAUUUUGAUUUCAAGUCCCUGCAAAUACAAAUGGAACUUCCUUUUAGUAUCUUAUUACCUCUCUGGUGGAAUUUUGAAAAAAUUCCGGAGGUUUUUGAGUUUUCAGAUUCACUGUAGGCUUUUUAGGGUUUUGAUUUGAUUUCACAGUUAGUAUUCUUUUUAAGUUUUUGGGAAGAAGAGGCAUUGGUAACUUAGUGGCAAGCUUGAGUUUUGUUGGGUCUGGCAUGUUUGCAUGAUGUUUAGUGCUCAAGGGUCUUCAAGGAACCAUUGCAGUCUCCUUGCAGUUCUUUGUGGCGGUAAAGUUUCUGAUAAUAAGCAAAAGCAGCCUGUUUCUGAUUAUAAGCCCAGAUACCCAUUUCCAGAGCUUUCUUCUUCAGGGCGCCUUGAGGUUCAGCUUCUGAAUAAUCCUAGUAUUGAUGAGUUCCGGCGGGUUCUUGAAUCAUUUGAGCCUAAUAUUGUUUACUUACAAGGAGAGCAGAUUGUUGAUGGUGAAGAAAUUGGCUCCCUGGUUUUGGGAGAUGUUGACUUGUCUACUCCAGAAGCUUUAUGUGGAGUCUUUGGUUCUACAUUUCCUACCACUGUUUACUUAGAGAUCCCCAAUGGUGUCAAAUUGGCAGAGGGACUUCACUCCAAGGGAGUACCUUAUGUUAUAUAUUGGAAAAAUACAUUCUCUCGUUAUGCUGCUUGCCAUUUUCGUCAAGCACUGUUAUCAGUGAUUCAAAGUUCAUGUAGCCAUACAUGGGAUGCAUUCCAAUUUGCCCGUGCUUCUUUUAGACUGUACUGUGUGCGGAACAACAAUAUUUUCUCUUCUAAUAGUCAAAAGCAAAGUAUUAAGCCAGGACCGCAUCUACUUGGGGAGCCUCCCAAGAUUGAUGUUUCUCAGCCAGAGGUAGAUAUGCAAGAGGAAGAAGGCUCUCCUGAAAAUCUUCCUGCUGUUAAGAUAUAUGAUGAUGAUGUGACUAUGAGGUUUCUUGUUUGUGGAUCUCCAUGUACAUUGGAUGCUGUCCUUUUGGGAUCUUUGGAGGAUGGCCUUAAUGCCCUCUUAAGCAUUGAAAUACGAGGGAGCAAACUCCAUAACCGAGCAAGUGCUCCACCACCACCUCUUCAGGCGGGGACAUUUUCUCGUGGUGUAGUCACCAUGCGUUGCGACUUUUCAACUUGCAGUUCGGCUCACAUAUCACUUUUAGUGUCUGGUAGCGCACAAACUUGUUUUAAUGAUCAGCUUUUGGAAAAUCAUAUAAAAAAUGAGCUUAUUGAGAAGAGUCAACUAGUCCAUGCACAAUCAAGUUCUGAGGAGAGCAAAUUGCCUUCAUUCGAGCCUCGUAGAUCAACCUCAAUUGCCUGUGGAGCAAGUGUGUUUGAAGUGUGCAUGAAGGUUCCCACAUGGGCUUCGCAGGUUCUGCGGCAACUUGCACCAGAUGUGUCAUACCGCAGCCUAGUUAUGCUGGGGAUUGCUAGCAUUCAAGGUUUGUCGGUUGCAUCUUUUGAAAAAGAUGAUGCUGAACGUCUUCUUUUCUUUUGCAAAAAGCUGAGCAAAGAUCCCCUCUUGGGUAGUUCUCUAAUUGCCAGAACUCCCAGCUGGUUGGUGCCGCCGGCACCUAGUCGUAAAAGACCAGAGCCAUAUAAAGACACUAAAUCUCUAAACUGUACCAUCAUGGAAGGUGUAAAUGGUUUGACAAGACCAAAAAUCAAUGUUGCUGCUAUGAGGCCAAUUCCUCACACCCAUCGUCAUAAGAUGCUUCCCUUUUCUGGAUUUUCCGAGGCUGAGAGAUAUGAUGGUGACCAAGGAAAGGUUAACUUGCCAGUAGCUCCUGUGAAGCAACCUGCUCCUGUUACACAUCGGAAAGCAUUGUCGAGUUCUUUUCAAGCCCAGCAGAUUAUUUCUUUAAAUCCAUUACCUCUUAAGAAACAUGGUUGUGGUAGAGCCCCAAUACAGGUUUGCUCAGAGGAAGAAUUUUUGAGAGAUGUAAUGCAGUUUCUGAUUUUUCGAGGACAUACUCGGCUUGUUCCUCAAGGUGGGUUAGCUGAGUUUCCUGAUGCCAUUCUGAAUGCGAAGCGUCUUGACCUUUUUAACUUGUAUAGAGAGGUGGUGUCAAGAGGAGGCUUUAAUGUCGGGAAUGGCAUAAAUUGGAAAGGACAAGUAUUUUCGAAGAUGCGCAAUCACACAUUGACGAAUAGAAUGACUGGAGUGGGCAACACUCUGAAAAGACAUUACGAGACUUACCUUUUAGAGUAUGAAUUGGCUCACGACGAUGUGGACGGAGAAUGCUGCUUGUUAUGUCACAGUAGCGCAGCAGGUGACUGGGUAAACUGUGGAGUUUGUGACGAAUGGGCUCACUUCGGCUGUGAUAGGCGGCAGGGGCUUGGAGCCUUUAAGGAUUAUGCGAAAACAGACGGGCUGGAGUACGUUUGUCCGCACUGCAGCAUCUCGAGUUUUAAGAAGAAAGCAGCGAAAACUAUGAAUGGUUAUUGACAAAACUUUGACACACACUUUAGAUCCCCCAACUUAGAAAUUUGUCUCAUUUUGUCCCCUUUUGUUUUGUCAUUUUCAUUUUUCUUUACUCACUAUAACGCAUGAGAUAAGGCACGAUAUUAGGAAAUGUAAUUAUUGUCUUGUAAUCCCCCAUUGUUGUUCUCAUAUAUAGAUCACGCCAUUAACGAAGUUCCCCCUCAACCCUCAAUUCCACCAAUAUUUUGUAAUCUGGUAAACAGAGAUGAGUAAUUGUAGAAAAAAUAACAUUUCCCUAUUUUACUCGAUUAGAUUUAAUGAGGUAGCUUUUUGUUAAACAAUUAUUACACGUUUUUUUCAUCAAUUUAGUCAUUAGUUUGGACUGCUUAUUGUACGGAUAUAUAUUUUAAAUUUUAAUGAUAUUGUUCUUUUCUUUCAA